AUGUUCAGCAACUCACCAAUCAUUCAAAAAUCUUAUUAAAGCAGCUCUUUUUCCUACUAACAAUAAAUGGAUGAUAUGAGUUGCAUCAUAGAUAACGGAGUAUGUGGAUCAAUUUACUUGGGAAAUAUUGAAUCUGCUUGUAUGGUUUAGAUAGAUGCAUAAUUUUAGCUAGUUUGGAGAACCUGAGGAGACACAGAAUCAAUGGUGUAUUAUCGAUUUGCAUGAAUAAGAUACCAUUUGAUGUAUAGACACAACUCCAAAAUUAUCAGCAUAUAUACUUGGAGGAUUGCGAAUCUGAAAAUAUUAGUAGACAUUUUGACAAUAGCAAUCAAUUCAUUGAAAAAGCCAGAUAGAGUGGAAAUGUGUUGAUUCAUUGCAUGGCUGGUAUUUCUAGAUCAGCCACUCUUGUUGCAGCUUACUUAAUGUAAAAAAGUAAAAUGAGCGCCUAAGAUGCCUUAAGAUUGCUAGAAAGAAAAAGAUGGUAAGUCUAUCCUAAUGAUGGAUUCUUAAGACAAUUGCAACAAUACGAACGAGCAUUGCAAUAAUAAGUAAAUAAGAGUGACAAAACAGAGGUAUCGCCCUAUAAAGAAUCUUUGUUAAGAAAGUAAAAUCUUCAUUGAAUAUUAGCAAGCAAUUCUAAACACCAACCAAAGAAAUCUCAUUCAUGAAUAAAUAUGAAGAAAAAUAAUAAUAUUCUGGAGUUAAAACAAGACCUCUGACAGAUAUUAAUUAUGAGAAUUACAAAAGGAAAUCUAUUGAACCCUAAAUCUAUUGUCGUCCAGAAUCAUCCAUUCAGUUUUCACUCACCAAUCACAGACCUAAUCAAGUUAUUAAUACUUCUCCUGAUUUGAUUAGAAAGAAGAACUACUUAUAGGAUGCAAGUAUGUAUCUUCAACUCUAUAUUCUAGUUCAUGGAAACAAAAAGGAUGGGUUGGCUUCUCUGGCAUUAGAAUUGAAUUCCAUGGAUUGGUAAAACAGAAAAUAAGACUUUGAAAAUAAGUUUGCAAAAUAACAGAUUCAAACUACCAGCAAGACUUUUAUAUCUUAGAAUAAACCAUUCUAAGUCAAUUAACAAUAAAGUAAACUUGAUGAAUUAUUAAAUGCCUUUAAUAGAAAACCAAUACUUUGA